GUGUCCUUGGGCUCUGUUGUUCUGUUGCAACAUCUCGGCAUGGAAAUUCCCGUCAAGGUGUCCGCGGGAUUUGUCGUUGGCAACAUCUUGACAUGGAAAUUCCUUUCAAGGUGUCCGUGGUCUCUGUGGUUCUGUUGCAACCAACAUCUUGACAUGGAAAUUCCCUUCAAGGUGUCCGUGGGCUCCGUGGUUCUGUGGCAACAUCUUGACAUGCAAAUUCCCUUCAAGGUGUCCGUGGGCUCUGUCGUUCUGUUGCAACAUCUUGACAUGGAAGUUCUCUUCAAGGUUUCCUUGGGCUCUGUGGUUCUGUGGCAACAUCUUGACAUGGAAAUUCCCUUCAAGGUGUCCGUGGGCUCUGUGGUUCUCUUGCAACAUCUUGACAUGGAAAUUCCCUUCAAGGUGUCCGUGGGCUUUGUGGUUCUGUUGCAGCAUCUUGACAUGGAAAUUCCCUUCAAGGUUUCCUUGGGCUCUGUGGUUCUGUGGCAACAUCUUGACAUGCAAAUUCCCUUCAGGGUGUCCGUGGGCUCUGUCGUUCUGUUGCAACAUCUUGACAUGGAAAUUCCUUUCAAGGUGUCCUUGGGCUCUGUUGUUCUGUUGCAACAUCUUGGCAUGCAAAUUCCCUUCAAGGUGUCCGCGGGAUGUGUCCGCGGGAUUUGUCGUUGGCAACAUCUUGACAUGGCAAUUCCCUUCAAGGUGUCCGUGGGCUCUGUGGUUCUGUUGCAACAUCUUGACAUGGAAAUUCCCUUCAAGGAUUUAUUGGGCUAUGUCGUCCUGUUGCGACAUCUCGACAUGGAAAUUCCCUUCAAGGUUUCCUUGGGCUCUGUGGUUCUGUGGCAACAUCUUGACAUGCAAAUUCCCUUCAAGGUGUCCGUGGGCUCUGUCGUUCUGUUGCAACAUCUUGACAUGGAAAUUCCCUUCAAGGUGUCCGUGGGCCCUGUAGUUCUGUUGCAACAUCUUGACAUUCAAGUUCUCUUCAAGGUGUCCUUGGGCUCUGUUGUUCUGUUGCAACAUCUUGGCAUGGAAAUUCCCUUCAAGGUGUCCGUGGGCUCUGUGGUUCUCUUGCAACAUCUUGACAUGGAAAUUCCCUUCAAGGUGUCCGUGGGCUUUGUGGUUCUGUUGCAACAUCUUGACAUGGAAAUUCCCUUCAAGGUUUUCUUGGGGUAUGUCGUUCUGUUGCAAUAUCUUGACAUGCAAAUUCCCUUCAAGGUGUCCGUGGGCUCUGUGGUUCUCUUGCAACAUCUUGACAAGGAAAUUCCCUUCAAGGUGUCCUUGCGCUCUGUCGUUCUGUUGCAACAUUUUGACAUGGAAGUUCCCUUCAAGGUGUCCGUGGGCCCUGUAGUUCUGUUGCAACAUCUUGACAUUCAAGUUCUCUUAAAGGUGUCCUUGGGCUCUGUUGUUCUGUUGCAACAUCUUGGCAUGGAAGUGUCCGUGGGCUCUGUCGUUCUGUUGCAACAUCUUGACAUGGAAAUUCCCUUCAAGGUGUCCGUGGGCUCUGUGGUUCUCUUGCAACAUCUUGACAUGGAAAUUCCCUUCAAGGUGUCCGUGGGCUUUGUGGUUCUGUUGCAACAUCUUGACAUGGAAAUUCCCUUCAAGGUUUCCUUGGGCUCUGUGGUUCUGUGGCAACAUCUUGACAUGGAAAUUCCCUUCAAGGUGUCCGUGGGCUCUGUCGUUCUGUUGCAACAUCUUGACAUGGAAAUUCCCUUCAAGGAUUUAUUGGGCUAUGUCGUCCUGCUGCGACAUCUUGACAUGGAAAUUCCCUUCAAGGUGUCCGUGGGCUCUGUGGUUCUGUUGCAACAUCUUGACAUGGAAAUUCCCUUCAAGGUGUCCGUGGUCUCUGUGGUUCUGUUGCAACAUCUUGACAUGGAAAUUCCCUUCAAGGUGUCCGUGGGCUCCGUGGUUCUGUGGCAACAUCUUGACAUGCAAAUUCCCUUCAAGGUGUCCGUGGGCUCUGUCGUUCUGUUGCAACAUCUUGACAUGGAAAUUCUCUUCAAGGUUUCCUUGGGCUCUGUGGUUCUGUGGCAACAUCUUGACAUGGAAAUUCCCUUCAAGGUGUCCGUGGGCUCUGUGGUUCUCUUGCAACAUCUUGACAUGGAAAUUCCCUUCAAGGUGUCCGUGGGCUCUGUGGUUCUGUUGCAGCAUCUUGACAUGGAAAUUCCCUUCAAGGUUUCCUUGGGCUCUGUGGUUCUGUGGCAACAUCUUGACAUGCAAAUUCCCUUCACGGUGUCCGUGGGCUCUGUCGUUCUGUUGCAACAUCUUGACAUGGAAAUUCCUUUCAAGGUGUCCGUGGGCCCUGUAGUUCUGUUGCAACAUCUUGACAUUCAAGUUCUCUUUAAGGUGUCCGUGGGCUCUGUGGUUCUGUUGCAACAUCUUGACAUGGAAAUUCCCUUCAAGGAUUUAUUGGGCUAUGUCGUCCUGUUGCGACAUCUCGACAUGGAAAUUCCCUUCAAGGUUUCCUUGGGCUCUGUGGUUCUGUGGCAACAUCUUGACAUGCAAAUUCCCUUCAAGGUGUCCGUGGGCCCUGUAGUUCUGUUGCAACAUCUUGACAUUCAAGUUCUCUUCAAGGUGUCCUUGGGCUCUGUUGUUCUGUUGCAACAUCUUGGCAUGGAAACUCCCUUCAAGGUGUCCGUGGGCUCUGUGGUUCUCUUGCAACAUCUUGACAUGGAAAUUCCCUUCAAGGUGUCCGUGUGCUUUGUGGUUCUGUUGCAACAUCUUGACAUGGAAAUUCCCUUCAAGGUUUUCUUGGGGUAUGUCGUUCUGUUGCAAUAUCUUGACAUGCAAAUUCCCUUCAAGGUGUCCGUGGGCUCUGUGGUUCUCUUGCAACAUCUUGACAUGGAAAUUCCCUUCAAGGUGUCCGUGUGCUUUGUGGUUCUGUUGCAACAUCUUGACAUGGAAAUUCCCUUCAAGGUUUUCUUGGGCUAUGUCGUUCUGUUGCAACAUCUUGACAUGGAAAUUCCCUUCAAGGUUUCCUUGGGCUCUGUGGUUCUGUGGCAAAUCUUGACAUGCAAAUUCCCUUCAAGGUGUUCCUUGGGCUCUGUGGUUCUGUGGCAACAUCUUGACAUGCAAAUUCCCUUCACGGUGUCCGUGGGUGUCCGCGGGAUUUGUCGUUGGCAACAUCUUGACAUGGAAGUUCCCUUCAUGGUGUCCGUGGGCUCUGUGGUUCUCUUGCAACAUCUUGACAUGGAAAUUCCCUUCAAGGUGUCCGUGGGCUUUGUGGUUCUGUUGCAACAUCUUGACAUGGAAAUUCCCUUCAAGGUUUUCUUGGGCUAUGUCGUUCAGUUGCGACAUCUUGACAUGGAAAUUCCCUUCAAGGUUUCCUUGGGCUCUGUGGUUCUGUGGCAACAUCUUGACAUGGAAAUUCCCUUCAAAGUGUCCGUGGGCUUUGUGGUUCUGUUGCAACAUCUUGACAUUCUCUUCAAGGUGUCCUUGGGCUCUGUUGUUCUGUUGCAACAUCUCGGCAUGGAAAUUCCCUUCAAGGUGUCCGUGGGCUCUGUGGUUCUGUUGCAACAUCUUGACAUGGAAAUUCCCUUCAAGGUGUCCGUGGGCUCCGUGGUUCUGUGGCAACAUCUUGACAUGGAAAUUCCCUUCAAGGUUUUCUUGGGCUAUGUCGUUCUGUUGCAACAUCUUGACAUGGAAAUUCCCUUCAAGGUUUCCUUGGGCUCUGUGGUUCUGUGGCAACAUCUUGACAUGCAAAUUCCCUUCAAGGUGUCCGUGGGCUCUGUCGUUCUGUUGCAACAUCUUGACAUGGAAACUCCCUUCAAGGUGUCCGUGGGCCCUGUAGUUCUGUUGCAACAUCUUGACAUUCAAGUUCUCUUCAGGGUGUCCUUGGGCUCUGUUGUUCUGUUGCACCAUCUUAGCAAGGAAAUUCCCUUCAAGGUGUCCGUGGGCUCUGUGGUUCUCUUGCAACAUCUUGACAUGGAAAUUCCCUUCAAGGUGUCCGUGGGCUUUGUGGUUCUGUUGCAACAUCUUGACAUGGAAAUUCCCUUCAAGGUGUCCGUGGGCUCUGUGGUUCUCUUGCAACAUCUUGACAUGGAAAUUCCCUUCAAGGUGUCCGUGUGCUUUGUGGUUCUGUUGCAACAUCUUGACAUGGAAAUUCCCUUCAAGGUUUUCUUGGGCUAUGUCGUUCAGUUGCGACAUCUUGACAUGGAAAUUCCCUUCAAGGUUUCCUUGGGCUCUGUGGUUCUGUGGCAACAUCUUGACAUGGAAAUUCCCUUCAAAGUGUCCGUGGGCUUUGUGGUUCUGUUGCAACAUCUUGACAUUCUCUUCAAGGUGUCCUUGGGCUCUGUUGUUCUGUUGCAACAUCUCGGCAUGGAAAUUCCCUUCAAGGUGUCCGUGGGCUCUGUGGUUCUGUUGCAACAUCUUGACAUGGAAAUUCCCUUCAAGGUGUCCGUGGGCUCCGUGGUUCUGUGGCAGCAUCUUGACAUGGAAAUUCCCUUCAAGGUUUUCUUGGGCUAUGUCGUUCUGUUGCAACAUCUUGACAUGGAAAUUCCCUUCAAGGUUUCCUUGGGCUCUGUGGUUCUGUGGCAACAUCUUGACAUGCAAAUUCCCUUCAAGGUGUCCGUGGGCUCUGUCGUUCUGUUGCAACAUCUUGACAUUCAAGUUCUCUUAAAGGUGUCCUUGGGCUCUGUUGUUCUGUUGCAACAUCUUGGCAUGGAAGUUCCCUUCAUGGUGUCCGCGGGAUUUGUCGUUGGUGUCCGCGGGAUUUGUCGUUGGCAACAUCUUGACAUGGAAAUUCCCUUCAAGGUGUCCGUGGGCUCUGUCGUUCUGUUGCAACAUCUUGACAUGGAAAUUCCCUUCAAGGUGUCCGUGGGCUCCGUGGUUCUGUGGCAACAUCUUGACAUGCAAAUUCCCUUCAAGGUGUCCGUGGGCUCUGUCGUUCUGUUGCAACAUCUUGACAUGGAAAUUCCCUUCAAGGUUUCCUUGGGCUCUGUGGUUCUGUGGCAAUAUCUUGACAUGCAAAUUCCCUUCAAGGUGUCCGUGGGCUCUGUCGUUCUGUUGCAAAAUCUUGACAUGGAAAUUCCUUUCAAGGUGUCCGUGGGCCCCGUAGUUCUGUUGCAACAUCUUGACAUUCAGGUUCUCUUAAAGGUGUCCGUGGGCUCUGUCGUUCUGUUGCAACAUCUUGACAUGCAAAUUCCCUUCAAGGUGUCCGUGGGCUCUGUGGUUCUCUUGCAACAUCUUGACAUGGAAAUUCCCUUCAAGGUGUCCGUGGGCUUUGUGGUUCUGUUGCAACAUCUUGACAUGGAAAUUCCCUUCAAGGUUUCCUUGGGCUCUGUGGUUCUGUGGCAACAUCUUGACAUGCACAUUCCCUUCAAGGUGUCCGUGGGCUCUGUCGUUCUGUUGCAACAUCUUGACAUGGAAAUUCCCUUCAAGGUGUCCGCGGGAUGUGUCCGCGGGAUUUGUCGUUGGCAACAUCUUGGCAUGGACAUUUCCUUCAAGGUGUCCGCGGGAUUUGUCGUUGGCAACAUCUUGACAUGGCAAGAUUUAUUGGGCUAUGUCGUCCUGUUGCGACAUCUCGACAUGGAAAUUCCCUUCAAGGUUUCCUUGGGCUCUGUGGUUCUGUGGCAACAUCUUGACAUGCAAAUUCCCUUCAAGGUGUCCGUGGGCUCUGUCGUUCUGUUGCAACAUCUUGACAUGGAAAUUCCCUUCAAGGUGUCCGUGGGCCCUGUAGUUCUGUUGCAACAUCUUGACAUUCAAGUUCUCUUCAAGGUGUCCUUGGGCUCUGUUGUUCUGUUGCAACAUCUUGGCAUGGAAAUUCCCUUCAAGGUGUCCGUGGGCUCUGUGGUUCUCUUGCAACAUCUUGACAUGGAAAUUCCCUUCAAGGUGUCCGUGGGCUUUGUGGUUCUGUUGCAACAUCUUGACAUGGAAAUUCCCUUCAAGGUUUUCUUGGGGUAUGUCGUUCUGUUGCAAUAUCUUGACAUGCAAAUUCCCUUCAAGGUGUCCGUGGGCUCUGUGGUUCUCUUGCAACAUCUUGACAUGGAAAUUCCCUUCAAGGUGUCCGUGUGCUUUGUGGUUCUGUUGCAACAUCUUGACAUGGAAAUUCCCUUCAAGGUUUUCUUGGGCUAUGUCGUUCUGUUGCAACAUCUUGACAUGGAAAUUCCCUUCAAGGUUUCCUUGGGCUCUGUGGUUCUGUGGCAACAUCUUGACAUGCAAAUUCCCUUCAAGGUGUCCGUGGGCUCUGUCGUUCUGUUGCAACAUCUUGACAUGGAAAUUCCCUUCAAGGUUUCUUGGGCCCUGUAG